UUUCAACACUACUAUAUAACAAAUAAUUUUAGUUAGGAAGACGACUAGUCAAACUUAGAAGAGGGUAGCAUUUUAGUAUGAGCAGAUUUCUACUGGUUCUACUACUCCUAGCAACCCUUCUAGCAAUCACUGAGAGUGCGAAGAGAAAGAGCGGUAAAGGCAACGGCAAAGGCAAGAAGUCCGUCAAAGUCGACAAAAAGGAUUACAAGAAAGGAGGAAGAGGCAAUGGAAAAGGAAAGGGAAAAGAUGUAAAGGGAAAAGAUGGAAAAGAUGUAAAGGAAAAGGAUAAGGGAAAGGAUAAGGGAAAGGAUAAGGCAAAGGCAGCAAAGGCAACAAAGAUAAAAAUGGACGAGUGCACCAAGCAAGGCCACCCUUGUAUGUUGGGACAAGAGUGUAUCAUCGAGAGAUACAGCAGAGAGGAGCGAUGUGUUUGUGUAGAAUAUUGUCCUGAGUUUCCUGACGCAGAGGUUUGUGGUAGCGACAUGAUGACCUAUCCCACUGCUUGCCAUCUCUACAAGAAGGCUUGUGACACCCACAGGAUGGUGUUUGCUGUAAUGGCUGGACCCUGUGAUAAGAUGAACAAGAAGCACUUGAAGGUGGAGCCAGAGAUGGCUAAAGCCUGUCAGAACGCCCACACAACCUUUAAAUGUGUGCACGAUAAUAUGAUAGAGAGUAUUGAGGAGUGGAAGAAGAACGGUGAAACUAUCAGACCUAGCAGGAAGAUGGUCAUUCAGGAUAAUACUCUCACCGUCCGAUGGAUUCUGGAAGCAGACCAAGGAAACUACACUUGUGUUACUAUUGAUAACAACGGGACUCAAAAAAUGGCCACUGCUACUCUCAAACUAACACAGAUGCCGUACGCUAACAUCCCGUCAAACCACAUCUCUUGCGAACACGGAGACCAAGUCAUGAUUCCUUGUGAACACAACGAAGACAGUCAGGUGUCAUGGAUGAAGAACGGAUUCGAGCUGGACGAUAAUGACGGAGCCUACGUUGAUGAUACAGGAAUGCUCGUUAUGCAACAGACCGAGUACGAUGCCUCAGGAACGUACCAGUGUGUAGCCAGCAACUUUUGUGGAGUUUCCAAGGCUGAGUGUUCCGUUAACGUCACUGCACGUGACCCUAACAAGUGUGACGAAGGUGUGGAAUUAGUGGAAUGUCUACUGGAUCCCUGCCAGGAUAUGAUCUGUGAGGGACGCCCAGAGUUGGUGUGUAAAGCAACACGUUGUGGAGAAUGUGGUUACUACUGGGAGGAUGAGAGGAUGAUGAACGUGACAUGCCCUGAACUCCAAGCCCCGGAGAUUACAAACACUCAGCUGGUAUCUCUUACCCCCGAGGGAGAGGACGCAGUGAUACCGUGUGAGGCUACUGGUUACCCUAUCCCAACCGUCAAAUGGACACUGGACGAUGGAACUCCUGUUGAAGAAAUCCGCAAACAUUCAAUCAGAGGAAACAACACGCUCGUCAUCAGACAGCUGGUAAUGGGAGCCGAUAAUGGACGAUACGUUUGCACUGCCGAGAAUUCUGCUGGAACAACUGAAUCCACUAUUGUCGUCGCAAUUUUGCCACGAAUGUCCCCAAUGUGCCCCAGCUCCACCGACAAGACCAUGAGGUGUGAGCAUGAUUUCUGUGCCACUGCAAAGUGUCCAGCCUACGAGGGAACUGAUAAUGUUACCUGUGUCAAUACCGUGUGUAAUGUUUGUACUUACAUCUUCGUGGAUAAAUCUAACACUUAUGUUGAUUGCUAUGCUGAUCCAGCAGUUGUUAAAAAGAUGAAGCAGAUGAACAUGAUGGGCAACAUGCCCGGAUGGCCUGCUGGAAGUUCAAUGGGUGGUGGACAUGGAAGCAUGGGUGGUGGUGCCAUGGGUGCCAUGCCUGGAUGGCCUGCUGGAAGUUCAAUGGGUGGUGGUGCUAUGGGUGCCAUGCCUGGAUGGCCUGCUGGAAGUUCAAUGGGUGGUGGAGCUAUGGGCGCCAUGCCUGGAUGGCCUGCUGGAAGUUCGAUGGGUGGUGGAGCUAUGGGCGCCAUGCCUGGAUGGCCUGCUGGAAGUUCAAUGGGCGGUGGGGCUAUGGGUGCCAUGCCUGGAUGGCCCGCAGGAUCUUCAAUGGGUGGUGGACACGGAGCCAUGCCUGGAUGGCCUGCUGGAAGUUCAAUGGGUGGUGGAGCUAUGGGCGCCAUGCCUGGAUGGCCUGCUGGAAGUUCAAUGGGCGGUGGGGCUAUGGGUGCCAUGCCUGGAUGGCCCGCAGGAUCUUCAAUGGUUGGUGGACACGGAGCCAUGCCUGGAUGGCCCGCUGGAAGCUCGAUGAGUGGUGGUGCUAUGGGUGCCAUGCCUGGAUGGCCUGCUGGAAGUUCAAUGGGUGGUGGAGCUAUGGGCGCCAUGCCUGGAUGGCCUGCUGGAAGUUCAAUGGGUGGUGGUGCUAUGGGUGCCAUGCCCGGAGGUUCAAUGGGAAGCAUGGGAGCCUCAAAUAUGGACAAGAACGCGUGGCACUUCGUUCCAGGCUGGCCUGGUCACAUGAGCCAGAUGCCAGGUAUGCCGGGUGCAGGCAAAGCAAGUGGAGCUGCAGUCCCAGCUCAGCAGGCUCAGGCUGGAGGAGAGGGAGGUCAUCUUAAUGUCUUCUACUCUGGUCGACCUGAUGACGAGGAGGAGGAGGAGGAGGAUGAGAUUGUGGAGAGCUGAGCUACUAAAACUCUUUCUAUAUGCCCACGUGACCAUGACACGUGACCAUGACACGUGACCAUGACACAUGGGCUGAUCUUGUGUAGAAAUGCACGAUAACAUGUGCCCCAAAGAGUUAGACUCUAUGAAAAGACUUGUGCAUGGAUUCCAACCUGGACAAUUAAUAUUACUUUCCUAUAUAACUUGUACAAAAUCGUUGUUAUUACAUUUCCAUUUCAUCUUUUUACUCACUUUGACUUGAUAAUGACUUGAACUUGAAGCUCUAAAAUUUUAUACCUUUUGCUAUCAAACAUUUAUACUUUUACAAUAACAAAUUGUAUGCUUUCUGCGAAACAAUCACUCAAUAUUCAACAAAUAAACAAUUAAAACGUAUAAGAUAUUUACAAAGCUGAAAACAUCAGAAUUUAUACCGCUUUUAUUAUAGUCCUGAAACGUUCCUACAAGAACCCAUGUUUAGCCCGCAUAUUUAACUAU